CGGCUCAAAGCGCCGGAGUCCGCUGCACCGGCCUAGUCGAGCCUAGGGCUGAUAAUUCGACACGUGCGUAUAGCAUUUGACGUGGUGUGAAGCGCUGGGGGCGGAUCGAAGCAUUGGGGGACCACUGCAGACUGCUCUCACUGGCAGCCCGCUGGCCUGCACUCACCGCAGCAAAAAAGCGAUGGCCGCGGCCGCCGCCUGGCGCGCCGCGCGGCAGAAGACCGCAACAUCAUUACUCGCAGCAGCACCGACGGAGCGCUUCGAGGCCUUCGUCCGUAAAUGGGCCGAAUCCGACGACGAGCCCUACGCCGCGCGGGGCCAGACGUUGCGGGCCCGCGGCGACUACCCGGGCCUGAGCGAGCGCCCGGCGUGGCCGCGGCCGGCGUGGGCCGAUGAGUUAGAAGCACACGCUGAUAUUAUCGCCGCCGAGUACGUCGCCGCGUCAAACACUGUGGAACUUGCACCUUAUUUUGGCGGAGAUUAUGGAGACGACUACGCCGGUUUGGACAUCGCGAAACAAGGAGAAAUUAUGCCGGGCGCUCGUAAACAAUUCCCGGAAACGAUCAAAGCGCUCGAGCACGUUUCAGGUGAAGACCCCGUCGGCGCGACGCGCCUCGCCUUCUUCGCGCGGCAAGGACCGCAGUCGCACGUGCCGCCCCACUCGGACAUGGUGAACUUCUUGUUGACGUGCCACCUGGGGGUCGCCGUGCCCGAGGACUGCCGCCUCUUCUUCACGACUUCCAGGGAAGCGUCUCCAAUAGAGUGGGCCCGCGGCGCGCUCGCGCCGCCGCUGCAGACGUCCUUCGAGCACGCGGCCUUCAACGACUCGGAGCGCGAGCGCGUCGUGCUCUUCUUCGACGUGUUUCAUCCCGAGCUCUCGCGGGAGGAGCGCGUGGCGCUCGCGGACUUUGAGUCGAGAAGACGCGCCGACGAGGAGGCGUUCUGGGGCGGCGACGAUCGCGCGGCCCCCGGCGGCGAUGACGCUGCGUCGCUGUUUGCAGAGGCUGCGCGGCUCCGACGGGAGGCCGCGGAGGCGGAGCGAGACGCGGCGCGGCCGCCGGUCGCGGCGCCGCCGCGACGGACGUUUAGCACCGAUGUUUCGAGGCCCCGACAAAACGCGGCGGUCGCCGCACCACGCCGGGCGUUCGGCACUCUGUCGAAGCCUGCACAAGUGGACGACCUGCUACGGACGCGGCUCGCCUUGUCUAAGGCGGAGCUGGAAAGGGUGGCGCGGCAUCUGCUCGUGGGAGCGAGAGCUGCCGUCGCGCCGAAGCUGGAUUGGUUCCAGACGCGCCUCGAGCUGGACGCGGGGCAACUGAAGAGGAUGGUUGUGACGCAUCCGUCGUUGCUGAAUCUAGGCGUCGAGGAGACCCUGGCGCCGACGCUCGACUGGCUCCAGCGCCGCCUCGGUCUGGACGCGGCGCAGUUGAGGAAGAUGGUUCUGAGGCUUCCGCCACUGCUGGGGUACAGCGUCGAGGACACCAUGGAGCCGAAGCUCGACUGGCUCCAGCGACGCCUCGACCUGGACGCGGCGCAGCUGAAGAAGGUGGUGGUGCCGUUUCCGGCUCUGCUGGGCUACCGCGUCGAGGACAACCUGGCGCCGAAGCUCGACUGGCUCCAGACGCGCCUCGACCUGGACGAUGCGCAACUCAAGAAGAUGAUUCUAACGUCCCAGUCGCUGCUGGGCUACAGCGUCGACGACAACAUGAAGCCGACGCUCGGGUGGUUACGGACGCGCCUCGAACUCAGCGACGCGGGGCUGAAGAGGAUGGUCCUGGCGCUCCCGCCCCUGCUGGGUUUAAGUGUUGUGGACAACGUCGCGCCGACCCUCGCCUGGCUCCAGAGGCGGCUCGACUUGGGCGACGCGGGACUGAGGAAGAUGGUCGUGGCGUAUCCGACGCUGCUGGGGUUAAGGAUAGAGCGCAUGGAGUCGAACUGCGCCUGGCUGGAGCGGCGCCUCGGUUUGGAUGAGAAGCAGUUGGCGAGGGUCGUCGUGGCGAGUCCGCCUUUAUUGUACCUCAGCGUCGAUGAUAAUUUAAAGCCGAAGCUCGACUACUUGCUACGGGCGACGGGCCUCUCUUCAUCAGAACUUCGCGACCACAUCAUCAGAAUUCCCGCCAUCCCGAGCUACAGCCUCGAGCGGCGCUACCGCCCGCGCGUCGAGGCGUGUCUCGCGGCCGGCGUCGACCCGGCCUACGUCCUGACCUCGGCGCCGUAUACGGACGAGAAAUUCGACGCGCGGCUCGGGCUGAAGAGGGACGUCGUCGUCGCGACGGCGUCGGAGCGCGCGACGACGGGCAUUUAGCUCCAGGGCUGCACGGACGAGUUUGCCACGUGCUCGGCCACGAGCUCGGCCUCACCCUGACGGGAUGUACCCCUAGAAUGUACCCCGACCAACGCCCCGCCGACGCGAAGCUCUGCAAAAAUAGCAGUGUAAGUCUGUUGUGAUUU